AUGGACGGAGAAACUCCUUCAUUGAAAAGAAAUCUUACAGAGUGGAGAUUCAGCCAAUAUCCGAAAUAUAUUUUAUUACCUAUAGAUGAAAAUCAUGAUCAAAUACGGGCAAAUAUUAAGAAUGUCGUAUUCUCAGAGGUUACUCCAAGGCCUUUGGAGCGUAACAUCAGAUUAGUUUGCGCUUCAGAGGACGCCUUAGUGAAUAUACUAGACAUGGACCCAGAAAUGAUCAAUCGAGAUGAAUUCGCUGAAUUCAUUGCUGGCCAAAAAUUACCCUAUGGAGCACUUCCAGUCGCGCAUAGAUAUGGUGGUCAUCAGUAUGGACUCUGGGUGGGGCAAUUGGGCGAUGGCAGAGCUCAUAUUCUCGGCGAAUACGUGAAUAGGCGUGGGGAAAGAUGGCAGAUCCAACUAAAGGGUUCGGGACAGACGCCAUACGCUAGAGUGCAUGAUGGUCGUGCCGUUCUACGAAGUGCGAUCAGGGAAAUGAUUGCAUCUGAAGCUUGUCACUUCCUAGGGAUACCUACUACAAGGGCUGCAGGAUUAGUUGUAAGCGAUGAAGCAGUUGUUCGAGAUAUUUACUACAACGGAUGUCCACGCAGAGAGCGUGCAGCAGUCGUUCUUCGUUUGGCACCUAAUUGGUUCCGAUUUGGAUCCUUGGAAAUUCUUUCCAGAAGUGGAGAAAUCGGUGUCUUACGGCAGUUAUCGGACUUUAUUAUUAAGGAAUACUUCCCAGACAUUCAAUUGACGGAUGAGAAUCGUUUUAUAAGAAUGUUCUCAGAAAUUGCUCACAAAACUUUGGAUCUAGUCGCUAAGUGGCAAGGCCUUGGUUUUACUCACGGCCUCUUGAAUACUGAUAACAUGAGUCUCUUGGGGCUCACAGUGGACUAUGGUCCUUACGGGUUCGUCGAUUCCUAUGACGGAGGUUUCGUCUCCAACUGCUCUGACGGCGAAGGACGAUAUGCACUAGCGAAACAACCAGAUGUCGUAGUAUGGAAUAUCGGACAGCUAGCAAACGCCUUGAAACCGCUUCUUACGUCCUCCCAGCAAGUGCAUAUGUCACAUAUACUUAAAACUUUGGAUACCUACUGCAAAAAUAAAACUUUAGAAACGUUCCUGUUAAAGAUAGGUUUGAAGGAAGAGCGUUGGGGAGAUGAGCAGUUAGUAGAAAAGCUGCUAGAUAUGAUGCAGCAGACUGGUGCUGACUUCACUGCCACAUUCCGACAACUUGCUGAACUGGAACCCUGCGAAAUGGUGAGCGAAAUUAAACUAGAAGAAAAAUGGUCUCUGAAGCGUUUGUCUUCUCACGCAUCCUGGGGAUGCUGGCUCGACCAGUAUCGAGAAAGACUUGACAAGGAAGCAGGCGUGCUGCCCGUAAAUAGUCGUGAUUGUGGUGUAGCGGCAGUGGAUGCUGGUUCCUCGGUGUUAUUCGAGGAUGAGCGUCGUAGGCGGAUGCUCAGCGUUAACCCCGUCUAUAUACCGAGAAAUUGGAUCCUACAUGAAGCGAUCGUUGAUGCGGAACAGGAUAACUUUCAAAAGGUGCGAUUCUUGCUUGAAGUACUAAGGAAGCCAUUUGAGGUACAGCCUGAAGCUGAAAAACGAGGUUUUUCAGCGCAACCACCGCAAUGGGCCUAUGCUCUUAAGAUUAGUUGUUCUACUUAA